AUGGCAAUCUUCCUCACCGGAGGCGCUGGCAAGACUUCAAGCCGCGUCGCCUCGCUGCUCCACGAUGCAAAGAUCCCUUUCGUCCUGGGCUCGCGCAGGGGCGCCUCCGCAGCUCCCGCGGGCAUGGCUGCUGUCAAAUUCGAUUGGCUGGACGACUCGACUUACAAGAACCCGUUCGAGCACGCCUUUCCCAACGGAGAGACCAUCAAAGCCAUCUACCUCGUUGCACCCGAGCAACAAGACCCUGCGCCGGUAAUGGACGCCUUCAUUGACUAUUGUGUCAAGCAGCACCGCGUCAAGAGGUUCGUUCUGAUGGCCGGGAGCUCUUCCACGCCCGGCAGUCGACAUGUCGGCAAGGUGUGGCAACACCUGCUCGACAUUGGCGUUGACUACGCUGUUUUGCGUCCUUCUUGGUUCAUGGAGAACAUGUCCGAAGGCUGGUCGCAGGCGUCCGUCAAAAGCGGCCUGCUCGUCACCGCUUGCGGAGACGGAAAGAUCCCUUUCAUCAGCGCCGAUGACAUAGCCGCUAUGGUCUUCCACACACUCACGGACGAGAAGCCACACAACACCUCCUAUCGUGUACUGGGCCCUGAGUUGCUGACACAUGAUGAUAUCGCACGGAAGCUUAGCGAGGUGCUUGGACGUGAGAUCGUCAACAUGAAGCAGUCUGGAGAAGAGCGGAAGAAGGCGCUCCAGGGAUACGGCCUGCCCGAUCACUACGCCGACUUUCUGACGGAGCUUGAGCUCACCGCAGCGAGGGGCGGAGAGGCGUACGAGGGCAAUGAAGUGGAGAAGGUCACCGGCCGACCUCCUCAGACUUUUGACGAGUUUGCCAGGAAGAAUAAGGCGAAAUGGGACUAG